AUGAUUGCCAAUGAGCGUGUCAAGAUUUCACCAUUUCAUGCAUUUAACAUUGAAGUUAAACCAAAUAAACCAUUCUCAAUUAUAGAAGAAGAUGACAGAGAUGAAUAUGAAGUAUCAUCAAUAAAAGAAACUCCACGUGUAGCCAACGGCAUUAUUACACCAUGUGAACAUAUGACACUGCAGGUAGCUAAUUUA